GUGAAAGCGAUAGAUUGUCUGUUCCCUGGACGCAACGUUUCGAUUGACGAGGUUGUAACCUUACGUGGGCCUCACCUAUCGUCGAUCAAGGAAGGCCGAGCCGAGGCAGCUGGUCUCAACGCCACGUCCUCCCACCAAGAAAAUCCUCGAAAGUGCGCAGGAUAACAUGGCAGCCAAACGCUGACUAACACUCCCUUUAUUGAUUCAUUCGCCGUAUUCCGCUCCUUUUAAGCAUGGCGCUCAACUUCGAUAAGCUGGCUCACUUGCAGAGCAACUACGAUAAGCCAAAACUGGGGCUCAAAGAAUGCAAUAGACGGUUGCAAAAACACCCCCAGGAUCCUUACUUGCUAGCAUGGAAAGUAGAUCUCUCAUCAAUCACCGACCCCGAGGGCGCUCAGACAAUAUGGGCAAAUUUGUGCAAGAGAAAACCUGCAAUCAUGGACCCUGAGCUACUCCCAUACAUCUAUUCACUUUCGCCUCGACUCACUGAAGGGCUCCACACGACCAAUACUGCGGGGCCUGAGUCUCGCACUUUGUGGCAGAAUGCGGCCAACCAGAUGAACAGGUCAGCUGAUCGGGCAAGGUUAUUCAAUAUCUCUGUGAAUGCUGCUAAGAUGCAAGAUUGUUGGGAGGACGUCCGAUGGGCCUUACUACAAUACCGAAAGGAGACUCCUUCCAACGCCAAACCAUUUUUCACGUACAUCGUCGCCUCUCAGCUUUCGGCAGAAAAGGAGAAGUUGUUAGGCAACGCGACUGGUGCAAUGAUUGCGAGCAGCGUUGCUUACAAGUUUCUCAAAGCGUCGUGGGACAACGUGGAAAGCAAACCUAGUGCCGUAGAUAGAAUCACGGACACUAGGCAAUUGCGUCUGAUGUAUCAAAUCUUCCAAAGGCAAAACCGUGGAAAGGAAUUCCUCGAGCUUCUUGAAAAAGCUCCUCCUGGCAUCCAAUCAAUCCUCUCCGCAAACCACCUUGAGGUCUUGAAAUGGAGACUGGACACCAUGAAAGAAGAGGGACUAUGGAGGCAGUUGUGGGACGCAACUUCGAAAUUGGCCGAGGAUCCUAGUAAAUUCAUUGACUGGAGAAUAUGGUCCGGAAUGCUAGCAGCUAGUGAUCAUUUCGAAAGCGAAGAGGACAAGGCUCUCGCAGAUGAGACAUUCAAAAAAGUGGCGGAAGAACCGGCCCAAUCUUCUAGGGAAGCACGAUUAGCCAUCCUAACGUACGGAUCCAAGCGAAGCUCAAAAGAGAAGCUACUCCUUCAAUGCAAGAAGUACUGGGACAAGUAUUCGGCGUUCAACUGCUGCUUUAACGAUCUCCGUCAUAUCAUCGAACCACUCGAUCAAGAUGCAAGAGACAAUUUCUUGUCUCAUGCCAGAAGUGGCGCGGCCUCUAUUAAACCAAACAGCGAAGAAGACAGCCCCAAGAAACAAUCAUUCUGGCUGCAGGCAGAAGUCAAUGCACUCAAGUUCGAUUACCUACUCAACAUAUCACGACCAGAGACUUCCAAUCAGACUGUUCUCGAAGCGUUCGUAUGCAACUGUAUCAAGCUCUACAAACUCGGAGUUCAUAUUCAACACAGUAGCAACUACGACGUUGGACUGUUAGCUGUCAUGAGCCUUGUCAAGCUCCACCAUUGCGUAGUCACAGCCUCGGAAAAGACCCAAGCCCAGCAUAAUGCGCGUUACUUAUUGCAAGCUGCAUUUCUGCUUCAGGACAUGACAGCAGGCAGCCAAGCUGAUGAAAAUCGGCAACUCGUGUUGGUUUCGAUUCGUAUCCACAUGUUGCUGGGACUUGGAAACAUUGCCCUGGGCCUAAUCUCAGACGUCAAAACGAAGGAGUUCCUAUACGACACGGUGGCGUACACCUGGCUGACUCGUGUCUCACUGACAUUCCCGCUCGGAAUCUCGAAACCAAAGACUAUGGAUCCGAGCUCGAACCUAGCUUCGGCACUUCAGUUCUAUGGGAAAGCUUCUAGAAACAUCAACGACUUCCUCAAGGCAGACAUGCAAACCUUCCAAUUCGACCAAGGCCUCGAGCUGGUCGACUUCAAGAGAAAACUUGACUUGUCUCUCGUCAAACACAUCAGCGUUCUGGAACGGAGAAGAAUGGCACGCUUAAAAGGGGUUCCCUGUGACGAGGCCGAUCUGAGCUUUCUCGCGCCUAAUAUCAAGUCACUAGUUGAUAGCCGUGACUUCGGCAUCAUUCCUAGCUUCGAAAGCUCAUUAUCCCACCCCUUCCACUCCCUCUUGUCAGGAGGCCCUUAUCCGGACUACUCUUGGUUUAUACGACAUACAAUUAUCGACGAUACCUGGAGUGUUCUGAACGAGGAGAAUUCCAUACUACGGAAUCCGGGAUAUAGGAGCCUGGUAUUGCAAAAGCUUGAUGAAGAAGAUAUCGAGAAAGCUUGCUUGACAGAUACUGAAAGGCUUGGAUGCACAAUUUGGAUGACGAUUCACUCCGUGGCCAGGCAGAUCAUGCUGGGACACGCAUCCAAGGACUCCAUACCACAAGGGAUUCAAAAUAUUCACGAUUGGCUCAACAAUGUCCUUCAACCGGCACUAAAGACAUUCUUUGAAUACAGGUCGCAUGGAGAAAACACAGAUCUAGCCGACGCUUUGAUUGUCCCGACUUCUAGAAGCCUCCAGACCAUCUACUACUCUCUUGAACUACUGCGAACUGUUACGAAGCUUUGCGAUGUUAUACUGGGAGUGCUCAAGCAGAAGGCCCCGCAUAAGGCGAAGGAAGUUCUCAAGAAGGAGAAAAUCGCGCAACUGUCGAGUUGUGCGGAAUCCAUCUACAAGUUAAUAGGAGGCUUUCUAAACGAGAGCCUGAAAGAAGUUAUCCGCAUUGGCGAUCGGUCGCUGAGGGCCCAGGUGCAAUAUGGAUCCUCCGGUGCAGCUCUGCAAAAGCUAAACACAUUCGACGACUAUACAAGCUAUGUGGAGGCAGCGAAAGAUGCGUACAAGGCUGCACUGAAAGUCUCACUAAGAGGAAUAGCAUCGAAAUAGUAUGAGUUGCCAUUUCGAGCGUUGUGCAUAGAAUCAUGGAUGGAGUGUUAUUCGAUUGAUGGGUCGCCGGCGAAGAUCUUGGAGGCAAUUAAAAGGGUUCGAACUCAUUUCUGCAGCCUACCGAUCAUUCUCAUUUCGUGGUAGUCUGUAUAUUUCUUCAAUGAAAGUGUCUCGUCCAAUAGCCUUGUGAUCUCUACGUGCUGUUUUUCCGCCAACAGCUCUAUCGCUACCGCUUCUGCAAAAACUCCAGAAAGAUAAUAAAAUCUCCCCAAAAGCUCGAAAGCCCGAGAAGCAUCAUCAUCUUCGCUUCUCAAAGAGACUUAAAAAUUGGUGCCUUGUCGAAAGUAGUAUU